AUGGCCGGGACGAGGCAGAGAGCUCCGUUUGUUUUCCCAUCACACCGAGUCAGAUUUUCUUGGCCCGAGCAACACAUAGUCGGGGGAGCCGCGCGGGUUGGGGCCAUGGCGUCGGGGGACGCGGGAGAUGGCGUCACUCCCGACGUCUCUUUUGCAACGUUUCAUCGUUCGGCAACGCCUCUCGUUUCCGAUGAUGCAGCCGUCGAGGACACCGUCAGUCACCUGGCCGCGGUUGCCGCCUCGAUUGCGUCCAUGGACGCCCCGAUGAUCGAGCGCUCCCUGGACUUCAUCCUCUUCCCGGUGACUGCCGUGAUGCGCAGAGAAACUGAACCGAACGGGGACACCGCUACGAACCCAAAAGCCCAGGCGCGCAGGAUUAAGACCCUGGAGGAGUCACUCAAGUGUAUUUCCACGGUGAUGCGGCGGUUGGAGCCCGGGUGCGGCAAACCAGAUUUCAUCGCGGAUCUCUUCUGCGACGUCGUGGCGGUGCUCGCCCGCGCGGGGUCAGACCCUUCGCUCGAUCCGUCCCGGUCGUCCGACCUGGAGGACCUUCGACUCGCCGCGGUGACGUGCGCGAGCGAGGUGCUGCGACUGGUGCGGCCCGACACCGAGCACGCGGUCGCGCUCACCGCCGACAGGAACCUUCCGGCAGUCGGAUACGCGGUGUCGCUCCUCGUGCAGACGGCGCACCUCGAGGCGGCAGCCGGCGCCAGGGGAAGCAAGGUUGCGCGCUCCGCGUCCCUUCGCACGCUUCGCGACCUGGUGAUGAACACGGCAGAUCCCGACGUGUGGUCUUUCUUCCUCCCCGGGAUCGUAUCGGGCCUCGCGAAGGCUCUCCACGCGUCGAGCGGGUCUAGGUCCGGCGAAGGCAGCGGACCCGCAUCCGCCGCCGACGACUCGUCCUCGACGGAGGCGGCAAUCGAGGCUCUCACGGCGAUCGUGACGUGCGUGCUCGACGAUGGCGUCAACGUGAACAUCAUCAAGCGACGGGGUGAGGACGGCGGGGACGUGCGGGAGAGGUUACGGAGGAUGAUGUCGGGGCGAACAGCCUCUGACGGGACCGGCGGCGACGACGCCGAGGACGAAGACGACGAAAAGGAUGACGACGUCCGAGGCCCUCCGCCGACGGGCGCGGACGCGACCGAGGCUGCCGCCCGACUCAAGACGAAACGCACCGCGCGGUGGCUGAGGGAAACGGCGCCGAGGGUCGAGAGCGUGCUCGCCGCGGCGUUGACUCCCCUGUGCGCGCAUCGCAAACCGUCCGUGCGGCGCGGCGCCUCCGCCGCGGCGACGGCGGUGAUGCGGACGUGCGCGGACACCCUCCGCGGGGCGACGAGGACGCUGCUGGAGUGCGCGUUGGUCGCUCGCGGUGAUCCGUGGGAUUCCGUGUCGGGACCGGCCGCGAUCGCCUUGGACGGUCUUCGACGCGACGGGUACGUGGACGACGACGCUUUGGACGAGGUGAUCCUCGACGCCCUCCGGCGGCUGCCGGGGUUGGUUCGCGCGGGGCGCGGUGGCGGGGCGGGGUGGGGCGGGGGCGACGGGGGCAUCGCGUGCGCGCGGAUGGCGAUCGCGGCCAUGGCCACGGCGGGGUCGCAGCGCGUGUCCGACAUGUUUCUGACGAGAUACGCCGUUCGUUCCGGAGCGUGCGCGGGUCUGGCGCAGUGCUUCGCCGUGAGCGCGGAUUUGGCGUCGGUUGGUCGGAGCAACGAACUUCGCGCCCUGGGUCAGCUCAGCGGGAAGGAGAACGGGGGACCGAACGAGGAAGACGGCGAGUCAUCGUCGGCGAUGAUCGAAGGUGACGACGCGGGCGCACCCGCGCGGACGACGAUGAACGUGCCCGUGUUACCCAGGCACCCGCCGCGAAUGCUUCACCUCUCGGACCCGGACCGCUACUCCGCCGUCGCCGCCGUGGCGCGGGCGAUGGGUCGACACUGCGCCGCGGCUCACAACGGAGCGCUCGCCGCGCUCGUCGACGCGCACCUCGACGCGCUGAGGGACUCGCUGGAGGAUGCGAGAUCCGAUGGUAACGAGGGUAACACGCUGUGGCAGAGGAGCGCGUGUGCUCACGUCGUCGUGCUGAACGAGACCAUCCGCGGCGCUGGCGAGGUUGAGCCGAAAAGAAAAGCCGAGACUGUCGCCGCGUCGCGCGGAGUCCUCCAGGAGUACCUGAGCCGCGAGGUGUGGGACCUUCCCACGUCUUUCGACGAUAUCCCACUCGACGAUAUUUCACACUCGCGCGGUGGGCUCACCCUCGCGACGCUGCGGGAUAACGCGCUUCUGACGUGCCUCGCCGCCGAGGGCGUCGGCGUCGUCGCGCAGGCGUGCGGUGCCGACUUUGUGCGUCGGGGCGGUUUCCUGCCCCAGGCGCUGUGCCCGCUGCUGCAAAAACUCGGCGACCCCGCCGCGACCGUGAGCGACACGGCCGGGGACGUUCUCUGUGCGAUCGCCGCGGUGGGGGGAUUCGUCCAUCCCACGGGGACGGGGGGGAGCGACGGCGGGAACAACCGGGUUUCCCGCGAGGGCCCGGUUUCCCGCCUGGUCGCCGCCAACGCCGAUUACGUCGUGGACAUGUUGUCGCGGCACCUGCGACAUCUGGACGACCACCCGGGCGCGGCGCGUUUCUUCGCCGCCGUGCUCGGCCGGCACACGGGCGCGGCGAGGAGGACCCUGCCUCUGUUGCACGAGCCCGUGCGCCGCGCGCUGGACUCGAUGGGAAUCAACGCCCGUCGGAAAAACUGGCGACACGCCGGGACGUUCCUCGGGUGCCUGAGGGAGGUGAGCGACGCCACCGAGGCUGAGGCGCGUGCACUUCUGGAGGCUGCGAACAAAGCGGUGGAUGAUAUCCGACCCCUGCACGAUCUCAUUGAGGAGAUGGAACGUGUGCGCAGCGAACACUUUGACGACGAGGACACCGAGGAGGAGGGAGCGGCGGCGGCGGCGGCCCGGAUGGAGGCGUCCAUGCGCGGGGUCAUCGACGCAUCGGCGCACUCUGACCGGGCCAAAUCGGUGGAUAUACCCGCGAUAAUCGUCGAAUGGAACCGGCGCGUGCGUCACGAGUCGUCCUUGUCCAGGCUCGUCGACGGCGUUCUCUCAUCUGCGGCUCCCCUGCUCGAGUCCACGGAUCCAAGGGUGAGACUCGCAGCCGCGGAGGUUUGCUCGGCGAGUCUCGGGGCAAUCGCUGCGUGUGACGCGUGCUCUGCGCCGGAGACGGCGGUAUACGAUACCGUGAAGAGGUUACACCCGCAUGAUGUGCCGCAGACGCACGGAGAUAACGAGAGACCCGUGCGUUUGCUCCCGCGUGUGCAUCAACUGUGGCCCCACCUCAUGAUGAGCCUGGGGCACCGGCUCGGCCCGGAUAUCCUUCCGGAGCCAUUCAAAGCAUCACUCGAGCUGCUGCGCCGGUGCGCGGAGGUGAGCGGCGGGGACUUCAUCGCACGCAGAAUGUCGACGGACGCGUGGCCCCAGCUGGCGCGCGUGUUGAAGGUUGGGGUGAAGCACGCCAACUCGGAGUCACUCGUGAAGCGCAUGGAGACGUUGUACCUGGGCGCCGAUGGGGACACAUUCUUCGACGACGUGAGACCCGACGUUGACGACGACGGACUCGGGGGUGGUAAGCGUGGAAGGGAGACCGCCGGCAGCGCGCCUCAGAAGACGGAGACGGUUCGACGCGCCAUCAUGAAGACGUUGGCGGAUAUCGGCGCGCGCGAGCAGUCGAGGAUGGCGCUCCGAGACGUCGCGGCGGCGGCGGUGAGCGUCGUGGCCCCAUUCGCCGUCACCUCCGGGAGCGACGGAAAGUCUUCGCCGGCGACCGCGGCGCCGUCGCCGGAGCUGAUAUCCCUGGCGCGGGAUGCGGUGAAGAGCCUGGCGACCGUCGCCCCCGACGCGGUGUGGACGGCGCUCGCGGUGAAUGCGACUGGCCACUCGGGGGCUCCGACCCCGGCGGCGCCGCGGUGGACGGGGCGUCUCGGGGCGGGGCUGCCGACGCUUCCAAGCUUCCGGGAUAUCAUGCCGAUGCAUCGUGCGGGAUGUGCGAUCACGCGGGAGGAGGCCGAAGCGUGUCUGGACCUGCUGGUGGAGUGUGGGAUGGCUAUCAGGACUUGGUAG